AUGGAUGAUAGCCAUGAAGAUCCACAACUUCCUCACAUCGCAAUCCCUAUGAGUUCGUCUCCCCAGAUCACUUAUCAGCUAAAUCCAAACAAGUACGAGGAGGAUGAAGAAUUAGAACAUAUUAGAGCUACCAGAGGCUACAAUGACAUGCUUAAGAUGGAUGUAGAGUAUGAUGAAGAGAUACGAUACUGCUUGGAAGGGAGUGGGUAUUUUGAUGUCACGGAUAAAGAUGAUCAUUGGAUUCUACUACCCUCGAACUUGGCAUUCUACAGAUUUUAA